GCCAUUACGGACGUAAGCGUUGUUUGCAGGAGGAAGAAGUCGAUUCUAGAAGCCAUUACGUUGCGCAGUUCUAUUGAGAAAAACCUACUAUUUUUGCGUAUAUUACGCACAUUUAGUGUUUUUAAAAGAGUAAUUUCUAAUUAAAAUGGCAUCCCAGGCCAAAAAGAGAAAAAUGAAUUUCUCCGAGAGGGAGGUGGAAAUUAUAGUGGAGGAAAUGGAGAAACAAAAGCACAUACUAGUUAACCACUUCAAUGCUGGAGUCACUCACAUCACCAAAAACAACGCGUGGGUAGACAUUCUAAAACGGGUCAACGCUGUGACUACCUGCCAAAGAGAACUGGCCGAAGUAAAGAAGAAAUGGUCUGACUUAAAGACCGAGGUUCGACGGAAGGUGGCCCAGGCGCGGGCGGUAAUGGAAGGGACUGGUGACUGCACAUCGGUCCCUGUCAUGCUAACUCCCAUGCAACAACGGAUCUGUAAUCUCUUGGGAGAGACGACCAUCAUCAGUCUACCUGCAGGAGAUGGUGGCACUGAGAUCACUGUUCCCGUGCCCAUGAGCUCGGCUACCACGGUAACAUUAACACAAAACAUUCAGACUGCUUCUGCUGCGGCUUGUGAAGUACAGAAAACACUAGAAGCUGAGACCACGUACCAUACCCUGGAAGAGGGGGUGGUGGAGUACUGCACAACGGAGACACCGGUGGCUGUUACUACUGAGACACCAGUGGAGAUGCUGACAGCCCAAGCGGAGUGCUCCAUCAAGCCACAGGAGCUGAAGAGCCGCAUCGCCCUCAACUCGGCCAAGCUGCUGCAGGAGCAGAAGGUGACCAACCUGCAUGUGCGGGAAAUUGCCCAGCACCUGGAGAACCAGAACGACCUGCUGCAGAUGAUCCGGCGCUCCCAGGAGGCCCAAGCUUGCGCCCAGGAGAGGCAGGCCCAGGCCUUGGAGGGCACACAGGCUGCCCUCAUUGCCCUCAUCCAGAUGCUCCGCCCUGCUCUCAAGGACUUCCGGAAAUUCCUUCAGAGCACCACCAACAGUUCUGCGCCAGGACCACUGUCGGACAGUGGGGAACCAAAACCGAACCCCUCACAGCCUUCAGAGGAUGUCAAUUAAGGGGCAUCAUUUUUAUCUUAUUUUAUUAUAUUUUGAAGGGGUGGGGGUGGUUCCAAGUACAUUUUUAGGACUCUGACGGACAAAAAGCCAACACCUAGGACUCUGGGAAUGGAGAAAAGGGAAAAUCUGCGGUUAAAUCACAAUAUAGAUGCUUGAAGCUAUAAUUGUUGUUACAACAUUUAAAUUGCGACUGUGUAUACAGUAAUGUAAUAGCAGUAUAAUUUAUUAUGUUGUGAUAGGAGGUAUGUUGUCAAAUUUCAAGGUAAAUAGUCUCUUUAUUUUCAGUGCACUUCAAGAAAUUCAGUAUAUAUACUUGGCUGUCUUUUUACAAAAGAUUCUCAUUUUUGUGAAACACAUUAUUCAAAAUGGAUUGAAAAGUCUGAAGUGGGGGAGUAGCUCAGAGCUUUCCUUGUGUUACCAUCAAAACAGCACCAAAACACAUUAUAUCUGUGAUGAGAGUUGACCUACAGAGUUGCAAUUCAGCAACUAACACAACUAUCCAAUUCAGUAUUCUGUUACCGUCUACCUUAGUGUUGUGAACAACACAACUGCGCCUUUCCUUGCAAUGCUUGGAGACAUAAGUGUAAAAAAAUACAACAUGUACUGUAUUAUUACAUAUGACUGAAUGAAAAUGCAGCAUCUAAAUUCAACAUACUUUGUGUGAAUACUAAAAGUGACUUUUUCCAACCAACCAACUAAUAGUUGUAACAUCUACAAUGUGUAUAGAAAUACAAUUGUAUUUUGUAUAGAGAUUUGUUUUUGAUUUUCUAUGUUUUUUGUUUUGGAGUAAAAUAAAUUUAGUUAUCGUA